AUGGAUAAGACGCCAGCUCCUAUAUUCCGAAAACAACGAGGGGCGGUCCCUCCGUCGUCUGCGAUACCAUCUUCCUCUCCAGCCUUCGGUACCCCCAUCCAUCCACUGAAGCCAUUCGCUGUCAAUGCCCCUAAGGCUGCAAUACUACCGAUCAUACUCCCUCCUCCCACACUUCGACCGCUCGCUUUCCCUUCCUUCAUUGGAAGGCAUUGUGGUUCAGGAUGGCGAGAAGAAGGCUUGGCCGAACGGGUUCUUGAAGAGGUUGCAAGAAGCUGGAAAAACCGCAAUGGAGGCGUCAUUGUCGAGGGCUCGAGUAAAGAGCUCCUGGAAAUUCUCAAGACCCUUGAGGGUAACAUGAGCGGCGGCAGAAUCACUGGCCCAACGAGAGGACUGCCGCGUGGGGAUAGUAUGCUUGAUCUCAAGGAUAACGAGACCCUGAACACACGGUUGGGACUACGGCCGGCAGAAGUUAGGAGGGAGGAUAGCAACACAAGCUUCGGCAUGUCGGGACUUGGUGUGGAUGAGGAGCAAGAAAGCGAGACGAGCGAUCCUAGAGCAUGGCUUAAGAUCAUAGACGCAUAUGACCAACCCAGGUUCAUAUACAACGUUGGUAAAAAGCACUUUGAAAAGGAUACUUCAACGCCUUCAUUACUACCACCGGCAUCACACAAAACGACAGUUUUCCGAAAUCGCUACAAUGUAAUUCACCAACGUCUUCUCCGUAACGAAACCUUCCAAUCCUCCGCAGUCUCCUCCUCUCGAAAACAAAGCCUGAGCCGUUCCCUUUCCAACCAGCAUUCACUUAAACUCACGCCAAUCGCGAACCUCCUUGGUCGGCAUGGCAGCAGCCAUAUGCUACUAGGGCUCCUGGUUGUCCUCCCUACCGGCGAUCUUGCCAUCAGCGACCUGACUGGUUCUAUUGCCUUGGACUUAUCCCAGGCGGUAGCUAUCCCAGACGAUUCAGCAUGGUUUUGUCCUGGGAUGAUCGUGCUGGUUGACGGUGUCUAUGAAGAAGAAGACGAAUCUUUGGGCAAGGGCCUGAGCGGCAGCAGCGGCGUUGGAGGUACACUAGGCGGCCGUUUUCAAGGCUUCUUUAUAGGUCAGCCCCCGUGUGAACGUCGUCAAGCGACUCUGGGCAUUAGCGCAUCCGAUGGUGGCCAGGAGCAGACCAUAGGAGGGGGCUUUGGCUGGAUCGAUUUCCUGGGUGUUGGCAGCGAGCGUGCCGUGGGUACCAAGAUGCGCAGGCUCGAAAAGCGCCUUCUACGCAGCAGAGCAGAGGAGGAUACUGCACCGUCACGUGGGCGCGUCGUUGUUAUUGGCGAACUGAACCUUGAUCAACCACGAACUCUUCAAGCAUUACGCAAGAUCCUCUCAGGAUAUGCCUCAGAGCCUGAGGGUUCAACGCCUCUAACAUUCGUGCUGAUGGGUAACUUCACUCAGUACGCUGUUUUGGCACGGGGCGGCAGUGGCGGAAGUAUCGAAUAUAAAGAAUACUUUGAUGCCCUGGCUUCAACUCUGGGAGACUUUCCAACACUGCUCCAGUCGUCUACCUUUGUCUUUGUUCCCGGAGACAAUGACGCCUGGGUCUCUUCCUUCACAGCUGGCGCCUCUGUUCCCUUGCCUCGAAAACAAGUGCCAGAAAUGUUCACGUCGAGAAUACGUCGAGCCUUUGCGACAGCCAAUGCGGAAGCAGGAGGGAAGUCAACUGGUACUGCUGUAUGGACGUCGAACCCAAGCCGAAUCAGUUUAUUCGGCCCCAACCACGAACUUGUUAUCUUUAGAGAUGAUGUAUCUGCUCGUUUGCGUCGAGCCUCUGUCCGUCUAAAACCAAAGGUGAAGGAUGCCAGUGGAGAACAGACACCAGGUUCAAGUGCUGCACCUCCCGAAGAUGUUCAGCCGAUGGAUAUCGAUGCUGCUCAUCAUGAUGAUCCUACCGCUACCGCUACCGCCUCGCCCGUCACACCUCUUGUUCCUCACGACGUUCAUGCCGCGCAGAAACUUGUCAAGACUAUUCUUGAUCAAGGCUACCUCGCACCAUUCCGCCAGGCUAUUCGCCCCGUUCACUGGGACUACUCCUCAGCAUUACAUCUGUACCCACUACCCACAGCCAUGGUCUUGCUCGACACAACAGCCCCGCCGUUUUGCGUCACAUACGAGGGUUGUCAUGUAAUGAACCCAGGCAGUGUGCUCGUACCAGGACGCAAGGGAAUCGCUCGAUGGGUCGAGUAUGAUGUUGGUCGACUGGGCAGGUUAAGGGAAUGUACAGUUUAG